AAUGGGAUCCCAAUGGAAGUGUUAAUGCUUUAAACUUUGCUGCCGGUACGGGACAAGGCAAGAGCUGCAGGGAAGACAUCUGUGCCUGUCCACAUAGCAUGCCUCCCCUCUGUGUGUUCUAAUAUUCCGAGUCUUCCCAUCUCACACACAACACACAAAAGAAGAACUUUCCCAAGAUUUCUGCAGAACUUCUUUGCACCUGUCAGAAGAAGAGAAUGAAUGUGAGAAGCCCGUCCUUGAUGGUCCUGCUUGUGCUGCUGCAUGUGCCAGGCUCCCAGAACCACAGAACCACUGGACCCAGGUAUUUAAUAAGCGAGAGGGACAGAGACCCCCAGUGCAACCCUCAUUGUAUCAGAACACAGUUCAGACCAGUUUGUGCUUCAGAUGGACGAACCUAUGAAUCCACAUGUGACUUCCAAAGAGCCAAAUGCAAGGAUGCUGCCCUCAAUGUGGUCCAUAAAGGGAAGUGCAAAGAUGCCGGCCAGAGUAAAUGUCGUCUGGAAAGAACUCAAGCGCUGGAACAAGCAAAGAAGCCUCAAGAAGCCGUCUUUAUCCCAGAAUGCAAUGAGGAUGGAUCCUUCACUCAAGUGCAAUGUCACACUUACACAGGAUAUUGCUGGUGCGUUACACCUGAUGGUAAACCUGUCAGUGGCUCCUCUGUGCAGAACAAGACUCCUGUAUGUUCAGGUAUCGAAGAAAGCCUAGGUUCAGUAACAGAUAAGCCCUCAAGCCAGGGUAACUCAGGCAAGAAAGGAAGCGUUAUUUUAUCACCACCUCAAAUGGCUCCUUUUCCUGCUCUCCUCAACAGACACCUCAUUGAAACUCACAGUUAUCGCCAGCCUGAAGCUAGAGUCUCCUUUCGUUUCUUUCUUACUCUCAAUUCAGAUGAUGGAUCCAAACCAACCCCUACAAUGGAGACCCGGCCUGUUUUUGAAGGAGAUGAUAUCACUGCACCAACAUUAUGGAUCAAGCACCUGGUUAUCAAGGAUGCCAAGCAGAAUGGCUCUAGCAUGAGGCAGUCAGAGAAAGUGAACUCCUGUGACCAGGAAAGGCAAAGCGCUUUGGAGGAGGCAAGAGAUAAUCCACGAGAAGGCAUUGUGAUUCCAGAGUGUGCUCCAGGAGGACUAUACAAGCCAGUACAGUGUCAUCAAUCUACAGGCUAUUGCUGGUGUGUUUUAGUAGAUACAGGGCGCCCCUUACCGGGAACAUCUACACGAUAUGAAACUCCAGUAUGUGAAAGUGAUGCAAAGUGGAAAAUAACUGACGCAGAGGAUCCAUUUAAAGACCGAGAGCUGCAAGGAUGUCCGGAUGGGAAGAAACUGGAGUUUAUCACAAGUUUGCUGGAUGCUCUCACUACAGAUAUGGUUCAAGCCAUCAACUCAGCUGCCCCAGCAGCAGGUGGCAGAUUCUCUGAACCAGAUCCCAACCACACACUGGAGGAACGUGUGGUUUUCUGGUACUUCAAUCAGCUAGACAGCAAUGGCAGUGAAGACAUCAAUAAGAAGGAGAUGAAACCUUUCAAGAGAUAUGUAAAGAAAAAAGCCAAGCCCAAGAAAUGUUCCAGGAAGUUCACUGACUACUGUGAUCUAAAUAAGGACAAAUCCAUCUCACUCACAGAGUUAAAAGGAUGUCUAGGUGUUCGUAAGGACCCAGGUACUAAUGCUGGCAGUUUCCCUCCUGGAAGGAGACCUGGAUUGAACCCUUUCAUAGGACGUCUAGUGUAGAAGCCCAUACACAUAUUAUGACGACUGAAGAACAGGAAAGGGACUCAUCGCAUCCGGAUCAAUCACAGAUGCAGCUGAUGGACCUCUCAACGUUUGCACUUUUAAGUGGACUUUAUACAUAACAUUUUUAUUCCAUUGCCGGAAACACAAGAAGAUUCUGCCCUUUUCCCUUUUAGAUUUUUUUUAUUAAAAAGAAUCUGCUACUGACAAAUUAGUAAGUGAAUUCAUUGUGACUCUGGAAAAGAAGAGUUUUUGUAUAUAAAUGUAUAUGUAAAUUGUACAGUGCCAUUUGUACAGGUCUUCUUAACACUUUGUGUCUUGUGUCUUUUAUAAGUUUCUAGUGGGCACCUUGGCCCUCUUUGCUGGUUUUCAUCUUGUGCCUAUAGCAUUCAUGUUUACUUUGCUUGUAUUUUGUAAAUUAAAAAUAAGGAUUACAAAAAUGA